CGACUCCUUGUUGUUGGUAUAGUUAUUCUAGAAUUGUUGAUACCUUUGACUUUUCAAUUUCCAUAACAAUAUCAUUUUUCACUGUUCAACAUGGUCACUAUUGGCAAUGCCCACAACGACUUGAUCCACGACGCCGUCUUGGACUACUAUGGCAAGAGAUUGGCCACAUGCUCGUCAGACAAGUCGAUCAACAUUUUUGACAUCGACGGUACUGAAAGCUACAAGCUUGUAUCUACUUUAACUGGCCAUGACGGUCCCGUAUGGCAAGUGUCGUGGGCCCAUCCGAAGUUUGGCUCUAUUUUAGCCUCAUGCUCUUUCGACGGUAAGGCGCUUAUCUGGAAGGAACAGCCCGAAACUCAACAAUGGUCCAUUAUUGCCGAACAUAGUGUUCACCAGGCUAGUGUCAACUCCGUCAGCUGGGCACCUCACGAAUUGGGAGCAGUUUUGUUGUGUGCUUCUUCUGACGGUAAAGUCUCUGUAGUUGACUUUAACGAUGAUGGCACGACUUCUCACGUCGUUUUUGAUGCCCAUGCCAUUGGUGCCAACUCGGCACUGUGGGCUCCUCUCUCGUCGACUCCAUCUCCCAACCAAAAGGACGCUGCGUCUUUGAAACAACAGCGUAGAUUCGUCACGUGCGGCUCUGACAACUUGGCUAAGAUCUGGAAGUAUGACGCUGCAAACAACACUUACGUCGAAGAAGCACGUCUUGAGGGCCAUACCGACUGGGUUCGUGAUGUUGCCUGGUCUCCUUCGAUGUUGGUCCGCACUUAUAUAGCCACUGCAUCGCAGGAUAGAACUGUCUUGAUCUGGACGCAGGACAAAGCUGGAAAGUGGCAGAAACAGCUCUUGACCGAGGAUAAGUUCCCUGAUGUGUGUUGGAGAUGCUCAUGGUCGUUAUCGGGUAACAUUUUGGCUGUAUCUGGUGGAGACAACAAGGUCAGCUUGUGGAAGGAAAACCUCCAAGGCAAAUGGGAGUCUGCUGGUGAAGUGGUUCAGUAGAAAUUGUUUGAGAACCAAAAUGUUUCAUUUCUCAUCAGAAGGGCAAUCGUUGUAUUCAAUAGGUUCUAGAAAUUUAUUUUCUUGACAAAAAAGUUUGACAAGCCAAUAGGUAUGAAAAUUGAUAUUUGUCAUGUCGUCAUGGAGUUGAGUCCUAUCAUUUUGUCAUGGUCGUUUCAAGAAUUUGCACUUCUUAUCUACUUUGUCUACUGUAUCCUCCUGAUAUCUAUUACUCUAAUUUUGUACAUUAUAUACAUAAGCAUCCUAGAAGAAUCUUUACUUUAAGUGUAGUCUGUCUUACUUCUACAACUCGUUGAUAGUAGCUUCGAUAAUCUUCUGAACAUCCUUAGAAGCUUCAUUGGCAGCUUGCAAAACCUCAUCAUGACUGGCCAUGCCUUCGUCCAAAGGUUUGGGGUUUUCGUCAAAAACACUAGGAGGUUUAUCACCAACACCAGCAUUAGUGAUCAACGAUAAGGCCAACACUUUCAAGCCACUAUGACGAGCUACAAUUACUUCGGGAACAGUGGACAUACCUACCGCAUCACCACCCAAGCUGCGGAUCAUUCUGACUUCAGCUCUGCUUUCAAAAGUAGGGCCCGAGGCGAAGAAGUAAGUACCCUCAUGAAUGUUUCUGGUAAUGCCCAAAUCCUUGUGGGCCUUAGUGUAGAACAAUUUUCUCAAGUCGUAGUCGUAGGCAUCCGAAAGAGGCUGGAAUCUGGGUCCAAAGUCUGCCAAGUUGGGACCUCUCAAUGCGUGCCAGCCUGCCAAACCUGGAAAGUUGAUAUGGUCUUCAAUGAGCAUAAGGUCACCAGGUACAAACUUGGCAUUGACUCCUCCUGCAGCAUUGGUCACUACAACAGUGGAAACGUCCAACUUCUUUGCCAAACGGAUAGGGAAUGUUGUUUCCUGGAAGGUAUAUCCCUCAUAGAAAUGUAAACGGCCGACCAUACACAUUACUGGAACUUUGUUGACACCAAUAAGCCCGAAUACCAACUUUCCAGCAUGGCCAGGAACAGUAGAGGUCUUGAAUCCGGGAAUGUCUGAGUACGAGAUCUCGAUCUUAGAUUCUGAAUGCAAGACAUCGACAAUGCCUCCUAAACCAGAGCCACAGAUAAUCAUCACUCUAGGCUUGGAUAAGGCUGAAUCGGAAGACAAGAGUUUUUGGACUUUAGAGGUUGCCUUGUCUAACAAGUCGAGGUAUUCCUGAGGUGGAAGAUCAGACAUGUUGGUGCUUAUGAAUAUGAUUGUGAAGGUGUAUGGAAUACGAGAACGUUUAUGUUAUGAAUAUCUUAACUUCUAUAUGAUCUUCUAUAUGAAUAUGCAAUUAAUAUGAAAAACUGAUAUGUGAAAAUGGAACCAGAAUGAACUCUGCGAUUUCAACGCUUAAAUAUACUCGCAAGCUUCUAUCUCAAAAAGUGCGAAUUAUUCAGAGAAAUAAUCGCAGCUAAAUUCCAAAUCGAUCUGGAAAUCCAACCCGAAAUUCUCAUCCAUAUUCGCAUUCAAA